AUGACUAACGAAAUAUCUUCUUCACCAUCUUCCCAAUUGAGUAUCAUUGUUGAUUUAACAUCAUCAACAUUUGAUUUAAAAAAACUUUGCCAUCAACUUCCAUGUGGAUCACUCCCAAAUUUUGAUCAUCAUUAUUGGCAUUUUGGCGGACUUCGAUCUUAUACAAUCCCAUUUCAAUCUAAUCAAGAUGAAACAAUUAUUGAUAGUUUUAUGUCAAAAUUAAAAUUAUUACAAAAUUAUUUAUCUCCUUUCCCACCAUUUUGGAUUUCACAUAAAAAAUGUCAACAACAACAACUUCUGUUAUCAUUAACACCAUCCGAGGUUAUCAAAAAAAAUCUUAAAUUAGGGAAGUUUUAUACAAAUAACAUGUUUCAAAUAGAAUAUACAUCAGGUGCACUUGUACAAUUAAAUAAAUAUAUUUAUGAUGUACAAACAGAAAUAAAAGAUGGAUGGCGUCUAGUUUUUUAUCACGAUAGAAUUGAUAUUGAUUAUGGUUGUAAAACGAAGAAAUUACGAAAAACAUUAAAAGCCGAAAUGAUAGAUAAAUGUGUUGUUAUAAUGACUGAACAAAAUAGAUUAAUGUUUUUUAUUAAUAUGAAUGGAAAUCUAAUUGAUUAUGAAAGUUUAAAUGAUGACGAAAAAACUAAUUUAGAACAGGAUUCUUCAUCACAAAAACUUAAUGAAUCUUUGGCUUCAUACACACGUAUUGCACCUCGUGAGUCGCAAACAUUUUAUUCAACAAUUCGUCUUGUGAUAUCAUUUUCAAAUGAUAAUAUUGAUGAAGAAAAUCAUACAGAAAAUCUAAAACGGUUAAAAUAUUGUUUUACACAAUUUCAAGAAUUUUUUCAUCGUAAUCAUAUAAAUGAUUGUUUUGGAAUUAUCAAAAGUGUACCAUCAGCAAAAGAUUUCCUAUCAAUAAUAUCAUCAUUUAUGAAUAAUAAUACAAUGUCAUUUAUUAAACAAUAUUGUUGGCAAAUGUUAUUAUCUAUUGGUUAUCGUUUUCAACAAAGAUUAGCAGAAGAUUUUAUUCAACAAAUGAAUCUCAUGGAGGAUGAUGACGAGUUUUAUCAGACAUCUCUUCAUAUAUGGCGUCGUUCAAGUGAAUAUUAUUUUAUUGAUUUACUUGCUGAGUUACGUCGUUAUCGAGAAAAAAUAACUGCUUUAGCAGUAUUAUCAUCUCCUGUGACUCAUUAUCAACAAGGAUUUAAAAAAGAAGACAAUGCACAAGAACGUUGGAGUCUACAUAAUCCGCCACGUAAUUAUGCAUAUGUUCCGUCAGUAACACUAACACCAACGACUAUUUGUGUUAAGCCAUUUAAAUUAGUUAAAACCAAUCGAGUUUUACGUGAACAAAAAUUUGGUGGAAAUCUUAUGUUUGCUCUAGUUGAUGUUAAAGAUGAAAAUGGUACAAAGGAUUUAUUUCCACAUGAUUAUCGAGCUUUACGUUGGAAAAUUGAAAUGUUACUUGAAUCAGGUUUUGAUUUAGGUAAAAAAGGUCGAACAUAUCGUUAUUUGCAUCAUUCACAAUCACAAUUAAAAGAUAAACAAUUCUGGUUUUAUCAUCAUGAUAAUAAAAUAAAUCUUUCAUUUGAAGAAGCAUUUAGUUGGAUGGGAGAUUUUCAAGACGAAAAAAUUGUUGCUAAACAUGCAGCACGUAUUGCACAAUGCUUUACAAGUGCUGAAGCAACUAUUCAAAUUCCAUCUGAACAAGUUGAAUAUAUUGAAGAUAUUCAUACAGAUGAUCGCAAAUAUAAUUUCACGGAUGGCGUUGGAACAAUGUCAACAGUCAUACGUGAUAAUAUCAAUCCACAUCGACAAUUUUCAGCUAUUCAAAUUCGAUAUGGUGGAUGUAAAGGUGUAAUAUCCGUUAAUCCGGAUUUAGACAAUGCACCUCAUCAAUUACGUAUUCGUCAAUCAAUGAAAAAAUUUAAAUGUUCACAUGAUAUUCUUGAAUUAUGUCGAAUAUCUAAACCUCGUCCAUUAUAUUUAAAUCGACAAAUAAUUGUUUUACUUUCUCAUCGUUUAAUUGAUGAUCGCACAUUUCUUUUACUUCAAAAUGAACAUCAACAAAUUCUAUCUGAAUCACUUGUUUAUCCUCAACGUGCAUAUGAAUUAUUAAGUGAAAAAUUAAGUCGAAAUUUAUUUCCAUUACGUUCUUUAAUUCAUGAUGCACAACUUAAUUUAAUUCAAGAACCAUUUUUUCAUCAAUUAAUAAUAACAAUAGGUAAAUUUGAAUUAGCACAAAUGCGAGAACGUACACGCUUAAAAUUACCUAAAAAUUCAGCAAGAAAUAUGAUUGGUAUUGUUGAUGAAUAUGGAAUUUUAGAAUAUGGACAAGUUUUUAUUCAAUACACUGAAUUAAAUGAUGAUUAUGUGAAUGCUAAUGAAUCAGAAAAAACAAUUAUACUUGAACAAAAAGUUGUUGUAACAAAAAAUCCAUGUCAUCAUCCAGGUGAUAUUCGAGUUUUUACAGCAGUUGAUGUACCUCAAUUAAGACAUUUAAAAGAUGUUAUUGUUUUUCCACAACGAGGACAACGACCACAUCCAAAUGAAAUAUCUGGUUCGGAUCUUGAUGGUGACGAAUAUGCUGUUAUAUGGCAUCCAGCAUUUAUUCCACAAACACCAAAUGAUACACCAUAUGAUUAUGAUUCACAAAUGCCAAUGUUACGUAUUUCUGAUCGUCCUAUUAAUCGUGCAGAUAUUCAAGCAACUGUAUUAGAUAUUAGUGAACAAUCAUGUGUGGGUAAAUUAUGUUCACUUCAUUUAGCUAAUACGGAUCUUAAUGGUGUUGCACAUCCAAAAACAUUAGCUAUUGCUAGUUAUAUAGCAGAAGAAUUAGAUGCACCAAAAACAGGACAACAUCCAUUAACACCAAAACAAAUUGGAGAAUUACAAAGUGAAUUAGGAAAUGAACGACCAGAUUAUUUUGAUAAACCAUAUUAUAAAUCUUAUCCUUCGAAACAUGUUCUUGGUCAAUUAUUUCGUUCAUGUCUUCGUUUUGAACCAAAUUGGAUAAUACUUCAAACUCCACCAACAACUGUAUAUUCAUCACCUAUUGAUCCAUUACUUGUUCAUGAUUUACAUACUGAAUAUACUUCGUCAGUUCAAGAAUUAGCGCGUAUAUAUCGUGAAUGUAUAAUGGAUAUAAUGUAUGUGUAUCGUUUUUCGUCUGAUGUUGAUUUACUUUGUCGAUUUGAUUCAUCAUCAUCACAAUAUAAAACUCCAUUAACUAAACAACAAACAGAAUCAACUUGUCUUGUUGCUGAUUCAGCACAAGUUGAAUUUAGACAAUUAAUACGUCGUAUACGUCGUUUAUUUUUUGAAGAUUUACGUUCUUGUGAUAAAUUUAAUUUACGUCGCUGUCAUUCGACUUGUGCACAAUGCGCUGAAAGAAAAAUGGCUAAAGCAAGUGCUCUAUAUAUAUUCUGUUAUACAGAUAUAAGUCAUGCUAGACGAAUUUUAAGUUUACCAUGGUUAUUUGCACCAUUAUUAAUUGAAACACGAAAAUUAAAUAUAAAAAAACAAACAAAAUUAUGUAAGUUGAAUAAUAAUAUUAAGUCAUUAGUAGAAUUAGAUUAUUUUAUUUAG